GUGGUGUACCGGUGGGGCCCUACGGAGCAACGAGCGUUCGUUCAAAUAAAACAAAUUGUCGAAGCUCACCGUGCGGUAAAUCGUGUAUCCAUGAAAUACGGCGAUAAUGCUUUGCCCGUGCACAUGGUCACUGAUGGGUGCUUGACCGGCAUCGGAGGCUGCAUCAAACAGGGUAUCGACUGGAAGACGGCGCCCGUAGUCGCGUUUUAUUCUGCGAAGCUAUCGUCAGCUCAACAGAAUUACGCGGUACACGAGAUCGAACUACUCGCCGGGCUGGAAACCAUGAUGCGACACCGUGAUCUGCUGCUGGGUGUGCCCUUCACGUGGUACACCGACCAUAAGGCACUGGUGCACUUCAUGAAUCAGCGCAAUCUUACAGGGCGUCAGGCCAGAUGGCUCGAAAAGAUGAGCGAGUUCGAUUUUUCGGUACAGUACGUCCCUGGUCUCGAAAAUGGACUGGCGGACUCACUAUCGCGCAUCUACUCGGACGAGUCGCCCGGAACGGUACGCGCCCCAACGGAACAUGUGACGCUCCUCCUCCCGUCGGAACGUCAGGAGGGCGGGAGUAGCGUUGGUAUCGCACAACACGAAGAGGCAGCGCCAGUUGGCCAGGACCAGAUCGUAGAUCUAUCAGAUAACGAGAAUAGAGCACCCGCCGGACUUAUUGAUGAAGUGGAUACCAUGUUACUAUGCAUACCCAACUGCUUGAUUAACGGACGAAGCGCGAGGGAAAUCGUGAUCGCCAGGGCACACUCCAUGCUAGCUCACCUAGGACCAUCCAAGACCGUCGCCUAUCUGAGGGAGAGCGUAUGGUGGAAAUCGAUGGUUCGCGACGUUCAGGCAUACUGCGAGAGUUGCGCUACGUGCCGACGGAGUAAG